GUUACACUGCGCAACUCCCAUGGUGCAGAGCAAGCACCAUUUUUUUUAUAAGCCUUUAAUCCACUCUUUUGUUAUUACUAGACAAUUGAAGUGAUUGAUUUGAGGUGAAGCGACAACGUAUUUGUGCUGUGCUCGUGGAUUUAAGAAUUCAGUUAUGGAAGAAGAUGAUGAAUGUCCAGAGUUGGUUCCCAUUGACCCCAAGCCUCCAGUCUCUCUGGGUCAGAUACCGGUCACUAUCAUCACUGGAUAUUUAGGGGCUGGAAAAACCACACUUCUAAACUAUAUUCUGACAGAACAACACAACAAAAGGAUCGCCGUGAUACUCAACGAAUUCGGAGAGGGUAGUGCCCUUGAGAAGUCUCUUGCAGUGAGCCAGGCUGGAGAGUUGUAUGAAGAGUGGCUGGAGCUGAGGAAUGGGUGCCUCUGCUGCUCUGUUAAGGACAAUGGGCUCAAAGCCAUUGAGAACCUAAUGGAGAAAAAGGGAAAGUUUGACUACAUUCUGUUAGAAACUACUGGACUCGCAGAUCCAGGACCUUUAAAGCCCCAGGAUGUAACUUUUACAAAAUAA